AUGCUGGAAAACCCUCCGCCACCGGAAUCCGCCACUACGGUGAAGCGCUAUGCUCCACCCAAUCAGAGAAACCGUUCUACCCACAGACGCAAAUCAUCUGAUCGGCUUGAUCGAACUAACAGCGCUGGGAGUGAUUUAGAAAAGAAUCAAGUUACUUCUUCGAGAAACUUUCAAGUUCCAGAUCACGGAGAUGCUAGCAGCAGUAAUAUUCUUCAUGAGAAUCAUUAUUCAAGAUUCAUUGCUUUAGAAGGCUGUAGUAGCAGUGCAGCUUCCCAGCUUCUCAAUGAUCGUUGGACAGCUGCAAUACAGUCCUACAAUAAUCCCAAAGAUUCAUCUGAAAAACCAGUUAUGUAUUCUGGCGGGACAUCAGUUUGGACUCAGUUCAGACUCCCUCAUCAGAUUAUGUCACCAGCUGCUAGUGCUCCCCCUUCUGUGUCACAGCGGGACUUCCUGGUAGAACUUCGUCGCCAAAUGCACAGCGCCAAUUCUAGUUUCAACACAUGA